GUGGAUAACUCUCCAUACUACCAUGCCAGACCCCCCACCUUCCCAUUCAAUCCGAAGACGACACCCAUCACCCGACACACACACACACCCACAGAGAAGGGAAGAACAUUCCAUCCUCUCUUCCCUCCAUCCCUCCAUCAUCCCUUCAAACACACUUCUGAACUCCUGCAAACUACUACCCCUCUCCCAGUCCAUUCCUGGAUCAUUCUCCUCCCAUCUCAUUCGCUGUGCCUGCCCCACCCCCGGCACAUCCCCGGCUUUCCCGGCUCUCCAUUGGCUGACGUUGGUCACAUGCUGCUGCCUGCUGCCCUCUCUGAUUGGUGCAGGGGAGACAUGGGACGUGGUCGCAGUGUGUCCAUUCCACUGCGUCUGUCGGAACCUGUCGGACUCUCUGAGCACGCUCUGUGCAGAUAAAGGCCUGCUAUUUGUUCCCCCGAAUGUCGAUCGACGAACCGUCGAGCUCCGAUUGGGUGAUAACUACAUCACAGAAGUGGGCGGGGCUGACUUCGCUAACAUGACCGGAUUGGUUGAUCUGACUCUAUCCCGGAACACUAUCCACUCCAUCCGACCAAUGACGUUCUCCGAUCUGGAGAGCUUGCGGAGUUUGCAUUUGGACGGAAACCGCUUGACGACGCUGGGACCGAGGGACCUGUUGGGAUUGGUCAAUCUACAGCACCUCAUCGUCAACGGUAACCAGCUGACCAGGGUGUCGGCAGAAGCGUUCAAUGAUUUGUUAUUGACGCUGGAGGAUCUGGACCUGUCUUACAAUAACCUCAGAUGGGUUCCGUGGGAGUCGAUCCAGAACAUGGCCAGUCUCCACACUUUGAACCUGGAUCAUAAUCUGAUAGACCACAUCGCAGAGGGAUGCUUUGGAGGGCUGUACAAGCUGGCUCGUCUGGAUAUGACCUCUAAUAGGCUGAGGACCCUGCCACCUGACCCCCUGUUCGCCAGGUCUCAGACAGGAGCCAUCAGUCCCACUCCCUACAACAGCGUCAUCAGUCUGAACUUCGGAGGGAACCCGCUACACUGUAACUGUGAGUUGUUAUGGUUACGCAGGCUGGUCCGAGAGGACGACAUGGAGACCUGCGCCACGCCCCCUCACCUGGCCGGCAGGUAUUUCUGGUCCAUCCUUGAGGAGGAGUUCACCUGUGAGCCGCCCCUCAUCACCAGACACACCCACAAGCUCUGGGUCCUGGAAGGUCAAAGGGCAACCCUGAAAUGCAGAGCCAUCGGCGACCCCGAACCAAUCAUCCAUUUCGUCUCCCCCGAUGAUCGGAUUGUGGCGAAUUCCAGCCGGACGACAUCGUCCCGGAAUGGAACUUUGGAUCUCUUCGUUACGGUUGCUAGGGAUGACGGAGUGUACACGUGCAUAGCGAUAAACGCGGCUGGGGAGGCUACCGCAACGGUGGAUCUAAAUAUCAUCCUGUUGCCGAAUCGAAAUGGGAAUGUGAAUGUUCCAGGGAAUGUGACGGUUACUGGGAAUGCUGGGAAUUCUAAUGGAAAAAUUCAGGGUUCUUCGGACAUUGCCACUGGAAAAAGUGUGAAUUCCGAAGUUGACAAUGGAGGGAACACAAGAGACACGGAAGAGAGGAGAGGAGAGGAGGGAGAGGGGGAUGAGGAGGGUGGUGUGGUGGAGGAGGAGGAUGGAGGGAUUAGGAUAGAGGAAGAGGAGGAAGAAGAAGAGGAGAGGAUGGUUGGGAUACAGGGAGUCACUUCUACUUCAGCACAGGUACGAUGGGACCUGGGCCAAUCGGCUGGAGCUUACCUGGUGUGGAUGUUUCAGAUACAGUACAACUGUACAGCCGAUGAGACACUGGUGUACAGGAUCCUCCCGUCUACCAGCAACAGUUUCAUGUUGAAGAACCUGGUAUCUGGAGUGGACUACAACCUGUGUGUCCUGGCCAUCUUUGAUGACAUCGUCACCUCCUUGGCUGCUACCAAGGUACUCUGAUCCUUUCUCUCGCUGUAGCUCCUCACCAGGGUUCAAUUGGAAUUUGACGUCAGUCGAUUUAGGAAGUGAAACACUUUUGACAUAAAUAGCUUUUCCUGUUCAGCAGUCAUUGAAAAUAGAUGCCCUUUUUGCAAUUAAUGAAUUGGAAUUUUAGUUUACUUCUUGAAUUGACUGCCUUCAAUUCCAAUU